AAAAUAUUUACCACAGUUUUGAAUGAGAACAUAAUUAUUGUUUUUGGGUAGACAAUUUCGUUUCUAAGAUUAGGUAGCAAAAUUUUGUUGAUUUCGGGAUGUCUUCAGCUCAAGAUCCAUUCUACAUUGUUAAAGAAGAGAUUCAGGAUUCUAUUGAUAAGUUGCAAUCUACAUUCCACAAAUGGGAGCGUAUCUCUCCGGACAUGGGUGAUCAAGCACAUGUGGCGAAGGAGCUUGUUGCUACUUGUGGAAGCAUUGAGUGGCAGGUAGAUGAGCUGGAAAAAGCAAUUACUGUUGCAGCAAAAGAUCCUUCGUGGUAUGGCAUUGAUGAAGCUGAGCUUGAAAAACGGAGGAGAUGGACUAGUAAUGCUAGGACACAGGUGCGGAAUGUGAAGUCUGGUGUUUUAGCUGGAAAGGUUAGUUCUGGAGCAGGUCAUGCAAGUGAAGUGCGUAGAGAACUAAUGAAAAUGCCAAACUCGGGUGAAGCAAGUAGAUAUGAUCAGUAUGGAGGGAGAGACGAUGAUGGUUUUGUACAGUCUGAAUCAGAUAGGCAAAUGCUGUUGAUAAAGCAACAAGACGAAGAAUUGGAUGAGCUCAGUAAAAGUGUACAGAGAAUUGGAGGAGUGGGGCUCACUAUACACGACGAACUCGUUGCACAGGAGAGAAUAAUAGAUGAAUUGGAUACCGAGAUGGACAGUACAAAGAACCGGCUGGAGUUUGUUCAGAAAAAAGUGGGAAUGGUAAUGAAGAAAGCUGGAGCAAAAGGCCACACACACGAGGAGGCGCAGGAGAAUAUGCCGACGGAGGAUAGGGUGUGUUUCACGGGGGAGGAGUAUGCCCGUCAUGUGAGGGAAUACUGGCGUGGAGUGGCGGAAUCCGAUGGUUUUGAUUGCGAGGAAAUUCGAAGUCCAGUAGUGCUUACUGGACUGCUUCACUACGACUGUCAAAAAUCUGGUCGUCGUUAUCCUGAACCUCUCUUGGUCAAGCGAUAUGCUUUGUUGGGGCUUCAUCGUUUCAAUAUUUUGCAGGGGACAAGUUUCGAUCUCGCUGCCCUACUGAAAUUCAACAAGACAAUGAACCUUACGUCUUCGUACUACAUUACUCUUCUUGCAUAUGAUACACUACUGCAGAAAACCUUUCAGGUUCGUGUUGAUGAACGAAAAUAUCGCCAUUUGGAUUUGACAGUCGCUAUUGCUAGACCUAAAAAAGAUCAAAAUGAAGCAGUGACCACCAAGGAGCCCUUCAUACCUCACUUUCAUGGUGGCGCAGUGGCGGAUGGUGUCUUCCAAGGUCCAUUGCCUGAUUGGCCCUCAGAUGGUGCUUUUCAUGAUGAUAGAAGCCGGUUUUACGCGCUAGAGAAAUCAGAGUGGCAAGCCACUGGUUGGAUUUCUCUAUAUUUGGAACUUUUGAUUUUAGCAAAUGAUAAAGGGAUGUUUGGUAUAGUGCAGACUGGUCUGCCCCAGGUUCAGAUUCUGAAAGUGGUGAUUCAAACUCAGGAAGAAGAUGAGAAGCCCCCGGAUGAGAGACUCAAUUCCAGAAGGGCACAUGUCUAUAUAACUUUUACGGGCUUGGCCAAGUCCCCACGUCUUGUUGAGAUUGGUGAGCAUGUUGCACGCAAAGCUAUCAUUAGAAGAGUUAUCGAUGAUUCAGGAUACUUGACUCUUCAGGGUAAGUUUUGGAGUCUCCAGAGUGGAGAAAAAGCCGAGAGUUCUCAAAAACGACCUCGCUCAAAAGGACCUCGCAUUUUCUAGGUGUUUAGCCAUGGCUGUGUCUGCGUAAUGACAAGAUCCAUUUGAAGAUGUUUGAUCAGAUAAUAAGCCAAUAAGCUAUCUUGUGCGUUUGAACUGUUUAGGUGAAUUUGUUUUUGUGUUGUAUGUACUGUUUUUGAAUACAAGAAGUUAAGUUAU